UAUGUCUUAUACAAAAAUCUUAUAGUUGAAAAGCUGAAUUAAGUGAAAAACGGAAUUGUAGUUUAAUUGUUACUUAUAUCGUUACAAAGACGAUCGUCUCUCUUCGAAAGAAUUUCAAUGAACAAUUAUUUGUUCAAAGUAAUACUAGUAAGAUAAGUGUGAAAUGAUAGAAGUUAAAUUCCGUGACGUUAACAGAAGUGAGUUGUGGUCCGUCCACGUGAGAUCAGCCGUAAGUUCACGGUAGUUUCCAUUGUCAAAAAGAGUUUUGUUGGGUGCAUCAGCAUCAGCAUCGUAGUCCGCGCGCGUGGCCGAUCAAGGAAUAAGAGACUUUUUUAUGCCUUCCACGCCGGGCACUGUCACUUUAUCAUGAUCAAAUUAUUCUCGUUAAAACAGGCGAAAAAGGAUGGCGAGUCGCCGAAACCUGGCACUCAAAAGAAGGCAUCCGCAGCACAACUGAGAAUCACAAAAGAUAUAAACGAGCUUAAUCUUCCAAAAACAUGUGGGACAGAAUUUCCUGAUCCAGAUGAUCUUCUCAGUUUUAAAUUAAUCAUUUGUCCAGAUGAGGGAUUUUAUAGAGGUGGCAGGUUUGUUUUCAGUUUUAAAGUUGGACCAAAUUAUCCACACGAACCACCUAAAGUGAAGUGUGAGACACAAGUUUAUCAUCCUAAUAUCGACUUAGAUGGCAAUGUGUGUCUCAAUAUCUUAAGAGAAGAUUGGAAACCAGUUCUUACAAUUAAUUCUAUCGUGUAUGGACUACAGUAUCUGUUUCUGGAGCCAAAUCCAGAAGAUCCAUUGAAUAAAGAUGCAGCAGAGGUUCUGCAAAAUAAUAGGAGAGCGUUUGAGCAAAAUGUAGCAAAAGCAAUGAGAGGUGGCUAUGUUGGCUCAUUUUACUUUGAACGAUGUCUUAAGUGAUAGAGCAUUCGUUUCCUUCGAGGACACACUGAGGAAAGAGAUUGAGAGUUGGAACACCCUGCUCUACACGCGUUCCUUUAUGGACGGGCCUCUUUGCGUCUUCUUGAUCGAGUGCUUCGUACCGUUGGCCAAUAAACCAUCGGUAAAAAUGCCACCGAUGCGUUGUUCUCUCGGAGCUGUGGGAUACUAUUUCUUUUCUUUUUCGUUUUCUCUUUCAUUCAACACUCUGUGGAGAGAUCGAAUUUGUGUUUACGCUUGCAGGUUUCUUACUUGGUCGAUAAUUCAUUGGUAAAUAUAAUUAAAGCGGAACUUACCGUCGAAUAACAGAUGUUAACAAGUUUCCUUGAAGAUUGCUACUACCUUAUUAUAGACAUAUUUUUCACUAUGAUCGUCCUGAAUUCCUAUGCGUUUAUAUCUGCAAUUGCUAUCUAAAUUUAUAAAAAUAUCUAAAGCAAAACGAACACACCUGGAUAUAAGUAAAAGUUACGAACAAAAUUGUUGCAGUUUCUUUUAAGAUGUCACUUUCAAACAUGACCACUGAAAUUUCAUCUUAUACAUUAUCGACAGUACCUAUAAUUACGAUCGUUACCAAUCGUAUUAAACGAGUAUGUGUAUAUAUGUAUGCGUGUAUGAGAUUUGCAAACGCAUCUGCAAUUGCGAUCGUCGUAGCUCCUUUAAAAAAAAUGUAUCUCCGCCCUGAAGAUCACUUCGCAGGAUAUAAAUUAUUUUCCACGAAUGGAUAUAUGUCCUGCUACGCUCUUCAUCGGAAAUCACGUAAUUUAAUUUAUGUAUCGAUCGAAAGUGGAAUAUAAGGC